ACUGUCGGAUCGAGCAAGAGCCACUCUCGAGCUCUUUAAGUCCAUGGAAAAGGAGGUCGCAGCUCGCACGCACCGGGAGUGGCCAGAGUUGAAGCAGUCGGUGGAGGAGUUCUUCAGCGAAGUGGAGGCCGCUUGCUGGAGGGACAAGGCGGACUUAGCGGCUCUUCCCAGUGAGGUGGGCCAACAAGCUGAGGAGGAGCUUGCAGCGGAGGGGCUUCUCCCGGCAGCCCAGGAAGCAGACCUUGACGCAAGCGACUUAGAGCCCCACAGCCUUGAGACCUUGAAGUCUUUCUGCGAGGAGCUGAAGACUGCUGUGGAGCAAAACCCGCAAUUCUUCGAGCAACGGGGCGCGGAGCUGCAUCGAGGUUUGGAGAACAUCCUGGCGGAUCACCUGCAGGGUUCCUAUGGCAGGGAGCAUCUCUUUAUCAAGGCUGCCAUCACAGACCAUGUCCGCAGUGUCUUCCGAGAGAUACAGAGUGACAGCUCUAAUCGCACUGUUCUCUAUGCCAACUACAAGGAGGAGAUCUCGAGGCUGACAGCCGAAAUCCGCAGUGAGUCCGAGAGUCUCUCGGCCAACGCGCUGGUGCCGAAGCGCAGGGAAAUGGAAGAGCGUCGUGCCAGACAGUUCUACCAACUCUACGAACAGCACAAGGAGCAAGAGAGGGCAGUUACGACCAAAAGUGAGGUGCCACUCCUUCUUGAGAAACAUUUGGCAAGCUUCAAUCAGGCAGACAUGCGGGAGAAGCAGCAUCUUGAAGAGUUGCAGAGACAGCACGAGCUUCUUGCAUCCAACUGUUUGGCCCUGCAUACUCGACAGCGAGAUGCGUUGAGCAACAUCACGGCGCAUUGCCAUGCUGAAGAACGGCAAGCCCAGCGAAGCUGCCAGAACAAGCAGGACGAGUUGCAGCAGGAACUUGCAAGAUUGAAGGCUCAGUUUGCCAGAUGCCAGCACUUGCUUCAAGACAUCCGACACCAGCGUCGACAUGCCGAACAGCAUCGGCUGCAGCGAGCGAAAGUUUCGGAGCUCAUGGAGGCGGCUAUGAAAGCUGAGCAGAAGAAGAAGGAUCGACAUGAAACGAUUGCGACUCGCUAUGCUCAGGGCCAAGCAGUCCUCCAAGCAUUCGCAACCUGGAUGACCGAUUCCUACCGCUUCAUGGAGACGACACUCCUGGAUCGCCAGCAGAGGCUGGCGGAAGAGCUGCCGGAGCAAAGGCGUAACUUCAACGCUUUGCUUCACUGCUUUGUCGAGGAUUUGGGGAGGCGGAAGGAGGAGAAGAAGCAGGCCAUGUCCCAUCUUGUCGGCAAGAUGAAGCAGAAGUUCCGGGAUGCCGCAGCUGAGGAGAGGGUCAAAGGAGGGGAGCAGAAGGCGCGCAACAAGAAGCGGAAGGCCGAAGAGCUUCAGAAACAGAUUAGUGAAUCACAGGAGGAGUACGAUUGGCUGGAUGGGCAGGAAAAGAGGCUGAAGACCUUGCCUCAGCUUCGCGAGAAGACGACAGAAGAGUCCCGCACCUGGGCAGGGGACAUCCUUUACAACCGUUACUUUGGUGUCCCAUGGUCCACUCCAGCGGCACUGGAAGCCCCACAGCAACAAGCUUCCUGGUUCCCUUCCCUCCGGCGUCUUCUUCCAAGGCGCCUCCGUGGAAAACAGGCUCCCUCCGAGGUCAGGCCCUGGUGGUCAGAGACCAAUGAGCUUCCGAUAACUGACCGACCUCACGUUGCCCUGCUGCAACUGACAAACUGA